UAAUAAAAUUAUAAUUAAUGUUCUUCAAGCUUUAAACAAACUUAAUAACUGUGUAUCUAGUCAGCAAUAUAAUUCUUUCGUUUUGUUUUUUAUCUACACGCGAAGUCACGAUUUAUCAAUCCUGAUAUUUAUUUUUGUAUUUUUAUUAUUAAUAUCUUAGGCAAACGAACGUAUCUAUUUGCUAUUUAUUUUUCCCUACAAUAUCUAACGUUAAUUUUUUGUACUCAAACCUGCUUUGAAAACUGCAUUGGAAACUUGUUUUAUAAUUAUCGUGUACGUCACGAGAACUGUUUUUCUUACAGCUAUAUGUGAUGCAAUUUUGGCGGCAUACUUUGAUCCUUAUUAAAGAUUUACAUGUUUUUAUAUCAAUUUUUUGUAUUUACUGAUAAGUCAAUACUCACUGACUUGCUGUAAUUGCAAGAGUACAUAGUUGAUAAAGCAGGAAAAAUGUAACAACAUCAGUUUUAAUGUUUGAGGUUAUGUUUGUAUUACGAUGAGUAUAUUUUUCUUAUUAAUAUCUAUUACGUUGCAUUUUUAAACAUGAAUAUUUUUGUUUAUAAUCGCGAGUUUACUUUUUGUUAUUAAUUUGCUGAAAAAAAUUAGAUGUUACAUGUUGUGUCAUAAAAAUUAAGACGUUGUUUUAAAUUUUAAAAUCAAAAUGGAAAGAAAGAAAAAAUAUCGACAAUUAAUGAGUGCGACUCAAGCUGAAAUUUUACGGUCGCAUCAGAGGGAUGACGAUUUCAUCAAACAUUUAAGAGACAAACUUGUAGAUUUUUUACAAAUAUUUGGAAGACAAGGAAGUUUAGUACCCUUUAUUCAUUCUGAUAUUCCGUUCAAAUUAAUUUAUUUCUUUUUUACAACUGGAAUGGGCAAUCAAACAUUGGGAGAAGAAUACACUGGAAUUGUACAAGCAAAUUUAAAAGUUUCUAAAGUUCCAUCAUUGUUUGCAAGGGUUUUGGCAGUGAUUUUGGAAUGUUUUGGAGAAAAAGGAUUAUUAAAAUUAUUGAAAAGAUUAGAAUUAUCGAUUAAUCAUCCUUCCUCACAAUUAAGACCUAAUGUUGUAAUGUUUUUAAACUCUGUUAUACCAAAACUAUAUAGCUUGAUACCUAUUUUUAUUGUUGUACAUAAAGGAUUAUUUUAUUUAUUUGGUCAAUAUUAUAGUCUAGGUAAAAGAAUAGCAGGUAUAGAUUAUGCAAAGGUGUAUGGUCGGCGACCAACUGAUAGUAUAAGUUGGGGAUUAAGAUUAUUAGGAGUUGCUACCAUUGCACAGUGCAUAUUAAAAAUCUGGCAAAGUAGUAACAGUGCAAAUGAUGUUGACAGAUAUAUAGCAACUGAUGAUAAACAUAGUAACUCAUUAUGUCAAUUGUGUCUUGAAAAAAUACCAACAACUACUACACCAUGUGGUCAUUUGUUUUGUUGGUUUUGUCUUACCGAUUGGUUGAAUUCUAAACCCCAGUGUCCUCUGUGCAGAGAACAUGUUGUACCUUCAAGAAUUGUAUAUGUAAUGAAUUUGUAACUUUCUCAAUGUUUAAAAACUAUUAAAUGAAGAAAUUAUAAAAAAUA